CAGCGGGAGAGGCUUUCCUUCAAGCUGUUAGUGUUUUAUCCUGGCAGGCUCCUCGAGGUUGUUGUGAGGAGUCUAGCCAGUUGGUGAGCUUUGUAAUCUAAACCAGCUGUCCCAGGCUGAGGCCCCCAUUUGCAUUGUUUAACAUACUUAGAAAAUGAAGUGUUCAUUUUUAACAUUCCUCCUCCAAUUGGUUUAAUGCUGAAUUACAGAAGAGAACUAAGCAAAACCAGGUGCUUUCUCUGUGUUCUCUCCAGUGUCUGAGGAGGUACAGACGGCUCCCGAUCUUCUCCAUUACUUGCUAUUUCAUUCUUUGGACUAUAAAUGACUGAGGAACUGAAGUGCUAGCAAAGGGUAAUGCUUGGAAAAACUUUCUAGUUAUUCAUCAGCACAGACUGGUUUUUUUUCCACCUUUCCCCAACGGUUUUGGACAUGCAAGGAUUAAAAAGGAUACUGACUGCUUUCACACUGGCCGUCUGCCUUUCAAGCCCUGGAAAAACACAGCAACAGUGCACUAAUGGGUUUGACCUGGACCGUGCCUCUGGGCAAUGCUUAGAUAUUGAUGAAUGUCGGACUAUUCCCGAGGCCUGCAGAGGAGAUAUGGUGUGUGUCAACCAGAAUGGUGGCUAUUUAUGCGUACCCCGAACAAAUCCAGUGUAUCGGUCACCAUAUCUGAAUCCUUAUUCAAAUAUUUAUCCACCACCUCCAGCACCAGGCCCCGUUCCCAACUACCCAACUGUUACAAGACCUCUGAUGUGUCGAUUUGGUUACCAGUUGGAUGAAAACAAUCAGUGUGCUG